GAGGAGGAUGAGGGGGAUGCGGGGGAUGAGGAGGAGAAGGCUGAUGAGGAGGAGGAUGCGGAUGAAGAGGAGGAUGAAGAGGAUGCGGAGGAGGAGGACGCGGAUGUUGGGGAGGAAGAAAAAGAUGAGAAUGAUGACGAGGAGGACGAAGAGGAGGAGGAGGAGGAGGAGGAGGACGAUGAGGAGGAGGAGGAGGAGGAGGAGGAGGAGGAGGAGGAGGAGGAGGAGGAGGAGGAGGAGGAGGAGGAGAGGGACGACGAGGAUGAGGAGGAGGAGGAGGAGGAGGAGGAGGAGGAGGAGGAGGAGGAAGAGGAGGAGGAGGAGGAGGAGGAAGAGGAGGAGGAGGAGGAGGAGGAGGAGGAGGAGGAGGAGGAGGAGGAUAUGGCGGCAGCAUUGGGCCACCGAUAA